AUGCUAACCGCUGUGUGCGGCUCUCUGGGCAGCCAGCACACGGAAGCGCCCCGUGCCUCGCCACCGCGCCUUGAUCUGCAGCCACUUCAGACCUACCAGGGCCAUACAAGCCCUGAGGCAGGGGACUACCCCUCCCCUCUCCAGGCCGGGGAGCUGCAGAACCUCCCGCUGGGGCCUGAGGUGGACUUCUCUCAAGGCUAUGAGCUGCCGGGGGGCUCCUCACGGGUGACCUGUGAGGACCUGGAGAGCGACAGUCCUUUGGCCCCAGGCCCUUUCUCCAAGCUCCUGCAGCCAGACAUGUCUCACCACUAUGAGUCGUGGUUCCGGCCAUCCCACCCAGGCACGGAGGACGGUUCGUGGUGGGACAUCCACCCAGGUACCAGCUGGAUGGACCUCCCUCAUGCCCAGGGCACUCUGGCUUCUUCGGGUCACCCGGGAGCCCUGCAAGCCGGUCUGGGGGGUUAUGUCGGGGAUCAUCAGCUUUGCGCGCCACAGCCUCACACUCAUCCGCACCAUCUCCUCCCCGCUGCGGGUGGACAGCACCUGCUAGGGCCGCCAGACGGCGCUAAGCCCCUGGAAGCUGCAGCUCCAGAGCCCCACGGGCUGGAUGCCAGUCUGGAUGGGGCAGCACGACCCAAGGGCUCCCGGCGUUCGGUGCCGCGCAGUUCAGGCCAGGCUGUGUGCCGCUGCCCCAACUGCCUGGAGGCAGAGCGUCUGGGGGCUCCCUGCGGGCCGGACGGGGCCAAGAAGAAACAUCUCCACAACUGUCACAUCCCGGGCUGCGGGAAGGCAUAUGCCAAGACGUCGCACCUCAAAGCGCACCUGCGCUGGCACAGCGGAGAUCGCCCCUUCGUGUGCAACUGGCUCUUUUGCGGCAAACGCUUCACCCGCUCGGACGAGCUCCAGCGCCAUCUCCAGACCCACACGGGCACCAAGAAAUUCCCUUGCGCUGUCUGCAGCCGCGUCUUCAUGCGCAGCGACCACCUAGCCAAGCACAUGAAAACCCACGAAGGCUCCAAAGAGGAGGCGGCCGGGACCGGAGCACAGUGCGAAGGGAAAUCGGGAGCCGCUGCCGACCCCCCGGGGGGUAAAGGCAAGCGGGAAGCGGAGGGCGGCGGGGGCGGCGCCGCACCGUCCAACUGAGCCGUCCUCGUUGGACGCCUCCACCAGCUCCAAUGUGCACCGCCCUCCCCCACUCUGGGGUCUCC